UUGGUCUCCCCUUGUUCUUUCUGCAGGCUGCCCGGCGCCCAGAGGACACUGCUAAGCCCCGGGCCAUGGUCCCCUCUCGCAGGACGUGGAACCUGGGAGCCACGCCCUCGCUGCGGGGCCUGUGGAGAGUGGGCCGGACCCGGGAGCCCGCGCCAGGGAUGGCUCGCCCCGCCCCAGCCCCAGCCAGCCCGGCCGCCCGCCCUUUCCCACACACCGGCCCGGGGAGAUUGAGAACUGGCCGUGGAAAAGACACCCUGGUCUGUGGUGACGAGGACUCCAGUGCCCGAAGUGGAGUUCGCCCAGCUCUAGCCCAGUGCCGAGCACUUAGUGUGGACUGGACUGGCCCCGGGAGCCCUCGUGGGCUCUACCUGACCGUGCAGCAGGCCCUGCAGGACAAGGGGUGCAAGAGCAAGAGUCAGGGGACGAAGGAAGAGAAGCUCCUGAAGAGGCAGGCGCCGGUCCCCAGGCGGGACCGGGAGGCCCAGGAAGCUGGUGGCACCAUGAAUGUAGAGAAAACAGGUGGGAGGCUCUUUGGCAGCGGGAGGUGCUCGAGCCUGUCGGGGCCGCCAGGUGCGGCCCCCAUGGUGCAUAGGAUGGUCGAAGCCAUUUCCCAGCUUCAGGAGGAGAAAGCCCAGCUUCAGGAAGAGCUGGCAAUCCUACAGGAGCGGCUGGCCCUCCACGACAGUGACCAGCAAGCCACAUCCACCCAGCUGCAGAACCAGGUGGAAAGCCUGAAGGAGAAGCUCAUCAGCCAGGCCCAGGAAGUGAGUCGUCUCCGAUCAGAGCUGGGGGGCACUGACUUGGAGAAGCACCGGGACCUGCUGAUGGUGGAGAAUGAGCGGCUGAGGGAGGAGAUGCGGCGCUGUGAGGCCGAGCUACAGGAGCUGCGGGCGACACCAGUGGCCCCUUGCCCAGGCUGUGAGCACAGCCAGGAGAGUGCCCAGCUCCGCGACAAGCUGUCCCAGCUGCAGCUGGAGGUGGCAGAGAACAAAGGCAUGCUGUCAGAGCUGAACCUGGAGGUGCAGCAGAAGACUGACCGGCUGGCAGAGGUGGAGCUGCGGCUCAAAGACUGCCUGGCUGAGAAGGCGCAGGAGGAGGAGCGGCUCAGCCGGCGCCUGCGUGACAGCCAUGAGACUAUUGCCAGCCUGCGGGCCCAGUCCCCACCUGUCAAGUAUGUCAUCAAGACGGUGGAGGUGGAGUCACCCAAGACGAAGCAGGCUCUCAGUGAGUCCCAGACCCGGAACCAGCACCUGCAGGAGCAGGUGGCCAUGCAGAGGCAGGUGCUGAAGGAGAUGGAGCAGCAGCUGCAGAGCUCGCAUCAGCUGACCAUGCAGCUCCGGGCACAGAUUGCCAUGUAUGAGUCAGAGCUAGAGCGGGCACACGGGCAGAUGCUGGAGGAGAUGCAGUCGCUGGAGGAGGAUAAGAACCGAGCCAUAGAGGAGGCCUUUGCUAGAGCCCAGGUGGAGAUGAAGGCGGUGCACGAGAACCUGGCAGGUGUCCGGGCCAACCUGCUGACGCUGCAGCCAGCACUGCGGACCCUCACUCACGACUACAACGGGCUCAAGCGGCAGGUGCGCAGUUUCCCGCUGCUUUUGCAGGAGGCACUCAGGAGCGUCAAGGCAGAGAUAGGCCAGGCCAUCGAGGAGGUCAACAGCAACAACCAGGAACUGCUGCGCAAGUACCGCCGGGAGCUGCAGCUGCGCAAGAAGUGCCACAAUGAGCUGGUGCGGCUGAAAGGGAACAUCCGAGUGAUCGCUCGUGUCCGGCCAGUCACCAAAGAAGAUGGGGAAGGACCCGAGGCAACCAAUGCUGUGACCUUUGAUCCUGAUGACGACUCCAUCAUCCAUCUGCUGCACAAGGGCAAGCCUGUGUCCUUCGAGUUGGACAAGGUCUUCUCCCCACGAGCAUCACAGCAGGAUGUGUUCCAGGAGGUACAAGCCCUGAUCACCUCCUGCAUUGACGGCUUCAACGUCUGCAUCUUCGCUUACGGACAGACAGGUGCUGGAAAGACGUACACGAUGGAGGGGACCCUGGAGAACCCUGGCAUUAACCAGCGGGCCCUGCAGCUGCUCUUCUCGGAGGUGCAGGAGAAGGCAUCCGACUGGGAAUACACCAUCACCGUCAGUGCGGCGGAGAUCUACAAUGAGAUCCUCAGGGACCUGCUGGGGAAAGAGCCUCAGGAGAAACUAGAGAUCCGGCUGUGCCCAGAUGGGAGCGGGCAGCUAUAUGUGCCAGGGCUGACUGAGUUCCGGGUGCAGAGUGUGGAUGACAUCAACAAGGUGUUUGAAUUUGGCCAUACGAACCGCACUACGGAGUUCACCAACCUGAACGAGCACAGCUCCCGCUCACAUGCACUGCUCAUUGUGACCGUGCAUGGCGUGGACUGCAGCACGGGCCUCCGCACCACGGGGAAGCUGAACCUGGUGGACUUGGCGGGUUCGGAGCGUGUGGGCAAGUCUGGGGCUGAGGGCAGCCGCCUGCGAGAGGCUCAGCACAUCAACAAGUCGCUGUCGGCCCUGGGGGAUGUCAUUGCUGCCCUGCGCUCCCGCCAGGGCCAUGUGCCCUUCCGCAACUCCAAGCUCACCUACCUGCUGCAGGACUCACUCAGUGGUGACAGCAAGACCCUUAUGGUGGUGCAGGUGUCCCCCGUGGAGAAGAACACCAGCGAGACGCUCUAUUCCCUCAAGUUUGCCGAGAGGGUGCGCUCUGUGGAGCUGGGCCCUGGCCCACGCCGGGCAGAGCUGGGGUCCUGGUCAAGCCAGGAACAUUUAGAGUGGGAGCCAGCUUGCCAGACGCCACAGCCUUCAGCACGAGCCCAUUCGGCCCCCAGCUCUGGGCCCACAAGCCGUCCUGGCUCCAUCCGUAGGAAGCUGCAGCCCUCUGCCUGACGGCUAGGGCUGCAGAGUCUAUAGGGAAGUCGAGGCCGGUGCCUGUGUGAUGGAUGAGCCUGCCUAUGGAUCAGGAGCUGCUCCCUGAGGCCUGCUGGUCCGCUCCUCUUGUAGCGCCAGGACCCCAAGAGGCGGGGACCACAGUGGAGGCUCCUCUUCUGUCCUGUCUCCCCUCAGACGAGAAACACGUUCAGAAGGAAACAGUGGCUCUUGGCUGUGGCUCUGGUGCAAAUGGCGUGGGCUGGAGGGCAGGCCUGGGCCACCAGAAAGCUGGGCCCUCAGGGUAGGGGGCAGGAGUAUGUAGGAAGUGGGCCUCUCACCUGGGCUGGGGAUGUGGAGAACCUCACCCAGGCUGGCCCAACUCCCCUCCCCAGCUGGCAUGGCCGGACACUUUCCUUAGGGUGUACUGAGGAGCCUCUAGGCAGGCACAGGAGCCAUGGGCAGGUUGGUGGCACCGGCCACUGUCCCCCAAGGAGGGGAUCCCACAGCUGGGUGUGUACAUAGUGUUCCUAGGUGUACAUAGAGCGUGGCUCUCCUGCACGGGCUGAGCUGUAUUUAUGGCUGGCAGGAGACCAGUGGGUAGGGUUCUGUGGCCCCCUCCUCUGCUGGGCACCAGGCUCUCCUUGCUCACUGUCCUCUUGACAGUUUCCUCCCUCUGAAAUCCUAUUUAAGAACUUUUGGAAACUUAGCCAUUUUUACUUACUAAAAUAAAAGCCUUUU